CCCGUGCGCCCCCAGCAGCGCCGGCCCGAUGCUCGCCGGACGCCCGCGCCCCAGCGCCCAAUCCGCGCGGCGGACGCCACCGCUGCCCCUGCUACUGCUCUGCGUCCUCGGGGCGCCGCGAGCCGAAUCGGGAGCUCACACGGCCGUGAUCAGCCCCCAGGACCCCACACUCCUCAUCGGGUCCUCUCUGCAAGCCACGUGCUCCGUGCACGGGGACCCACCCGGUGCCACCGCCGAGGGUCUCUACUGGACCCUCAAUGGGCGCCGCCUGCCCUCUGAGCACUCCCGUAUGCUGAAUGCCUCCACCCUAGCCCUGGUCUUGGCCAACCUCAACGGGUCCAGGCAGCAGUCCGGGGACAACCUCGUGUGCCAUGCCCGCGACGGCAGCAUCCUGGCUGGCUCCUGCCUCUAUGUCGGCUUGCCGCCCGAGAAGCCCUUCAACAUCAGCUGCUGGUCCAAGAACAUGAAGGACCUCACGUGCCGCUGGACGCCGGGGGCCCACGGGGAGACCUUCCUGCAUACUAACUACUCUCUCAAGUACAAGCUCAGGUGGUAUGGGCAGGACAACACAUGUGAGGAGUACCACACUGUGGGGCCACACUCCUGCCACAUCCCCAAGGACCUGGCCCUCUUCACGCCCUAUGAGAUCUGGGUGGAGGCCACCAACCGCCUGGGCUCGGCCCGCUCUGAUGUGCUCACGCUGGACAUCCUGGACGUGGUGACCACGGACCCCCCACCCGAUGUCCACGUGAGCCGCGUCGGAGGCCUGGAGGACCAGCUGAGUGUGCGCUGGGUUUCGCCACCGGCUCUCAAGGAUUUCCUCUUCCAAGCCAAGUACCAAAUCCGCUACCGCGUGGAGGACAGCGUGGACUGGAAGGUGGUGGAUGACGUCAGCAACCAGACCUCCUGCCGCCUGGCUGGCCUGAAGCCCGGCACUGUCUACUUCGUACAAGUGCGUUGCAACCCCUUUGGUAUCUACGGGUCCAAGAAAGCUGGAAUCUGGAGUGAGUGGAGCCACCCUACUGCCGCCUCCACACCCCGCAGUGAGCGCCCGGGCCCGGGCGGCGGGGCUUGCGAGCCGCGGGGAGGAGAGCCGAGCUCGGGCCCGGUGCGGCGCGAGCUCAAGCAGUUCCUGGGCUGGCUCAAGAAACACGCGUAUUGCUCCAACCUCAGCUUCCGCCUCUAUGACCAGUGGCGGGCCUGGAUGCAGAAGUCGCACAAGACUCGAAACCAGCACAGGACGAGGGGAUCCUGCCCUCGGGCAGACGGGGUGCGGCGAGAGGUCCUGCCAGAUAAGCUGUAGUGAUGGGGCCACCCUCCCUGCCAUGGGGAGACCCAGAGACCAAGCCGAACUGUACCCUCAGCUCAGGGCAUCCAAGCACCAUCUGCAGAUGGACAGGAGCUCUGAGCUCCAGUGGCCGCCACAGCCCCACCCCUGGGUGCACCCCAGUGCACGUGGGUGGGCUGAGCUGUCCAGAGCCCAUGCCGGGGCUUGGGGUGAAGGGCCAUUGCUCACGCAGCCUGGGCCUCUCAAGAAUCUUUUUAAAUAAAUGAGCUAUUUAGGUGC